GCGCUCUUAAAACUUUCACUUUUUUUGCUUAUAUUCUUUGAAUCUACGUACUUUUUCUUCUAAAAAUGGCUUCCUCAACUUUGCCCAGUAGUUCAGUAGCACUGGUGAAGAGAAUAUUGGAGGAAUGGAGAUUUUCUACUCCAAUUGAACGUCUUUCUCUCGUGUUUUACUUCCGAUGCUUCUACGACUUCAUUGCAAAGGAUUCUUGUCUCAAAUCUCAACUAAUAAUCGAUGCCAAGGAUUAUUUGGCUGGAAAUAUAAACCAAAACAGGGCCAUGUGCAAUUUUUGCCAAGCUGUUUUGUGGAAUUAUCAGAAACUGAAUAUUGACAGGCCUAUAAUGUAUAUUGCUAUUAGAGGAACAUCAGAAGCUGAGCAUGAAAUUUUAUUCCAACUGAGAUCGAUGCUACCUCAAGAAUGCUUGAAAGUUUUGCGGCAGUUUCCAAACUACCGCCAAUUAGCGAAAAGGAACCCAGUUCUGCGCUCAUUGCUCAUGAGGCAUGCCUUCUAUUCAACAUCUGAGAGUGACGGCGAUUUGCAUCAAUUUUCUGUUGAACUAUAUGAAGAAUUUAAGGCUCACGACAUGUGGGUAAAUCCCAACCUACUUUUCGAACAUCUUAGUUCUUUGAAAACCGAAGAUCUUUUAUUGGAUAUUGCUUGUAACGAAUAUCAUUUGAGCCUUGUCGCCACCUGCAAAUUGACGGUUUUUCGAUUGAUGACUUGUUUUUCCGAAAUGUUCCCAAGUUUCAACGCAUUGAACAACAUUCUCAGCUUACAGCUUUGGGAAGAUAAAUGUGACAAAUAUUUGGAGAGAAUUUUUUACAGCAGGAAUGCCGAAUUUUGA